AAAAAAUUGGUAUUGAUUUUUUAAUGAUGAAAAAAGCAGUUGAAGGAGGAGGAGGAAUUGCGGUUUGACAGUUGAAGGAAACGGUCGAUUGUUGAGCUUUGCUUGCUUUCUUAACAAAAACCUGCAACAAAGUUAGGCCAAUCCAAUCCAAUUCAAUCCAAUCCUUGACGCCAUCUUCCUCAAAAACUCUGAUUCACUUUCAAUCAAAGUUACCCACUUCUCCUUCCUUUUCUCCGGUUGAUCUUCAGUCCCCAUCUCUCUGUUUUCACCUUCCUCUCCUUUUCCUCCACCAUUUCCGAAACCUCCCAUUUCCUUCUAUUUACACUUCCAUGUCCCCUUUUCCCUCUUUCUUUCCCCUUUUCCCCAUUGCCUUUGAGGCUUAUUCAAGUUUCCCCUCAAAACCCAACUGCCUGAUCCUCGUGGAGAUUUCUUUUCAGGUUUUUUCUGGACUGUGACGGUUGAUAAGUUCGGGUGCUGAAGCUUGGAGUAAGUGUUCUGAUUUUGUGCACGGUUGGUGUUUGAUGUUUUGCCUAGCUGAGUGGUCAUAUGGUUGGGGCUUGGAGUUUUCAUGAUUCCGAAUACCGAAUUUGUUGUUUGUUUUGUUUCAAUCACUGUGGGAGAAAGUUCGGUGGUUUUGACUGUCAUGAUUGUCAAGUUGGUUCUUGAAUUUCCAUGAGAACACUCUGUUUUCUAUGAUUGCUGAGUUGUUCUUUUGUGUUGUACCAGAUAAGGGAAGGUUGUUUUCGAUGAUAAAUUCUGGUUAUUUUGUUUCGGGGCCAUCGUGUAACUGUGGUGGCACUGCUUCCUUUAUCUCGAAUUCAUUGGUGGAAGAAGAUGGUGCGGGUGAGGAUGUAAGAGACGAUAAUUCUGUUGCUCUCCCUGCAUCUUUCUGGGUUAGGAUAGCGAUGAGAGUGUCUAGAGCCAGGUGGUUCAUUUUCUUACGAAGGGUAUUUCACUACCAGAAUGGAUCAAGAUCGGAUCUCGGAUCUGAUCCUUUCAAUUCUAGUUCGUGGAUGGCUAUGGAGCUGGUAGCUAUGGUGUUUCAGCUGGCCAUCACAGUGUUUUUUCUUGCCAUUUCAGAGACUGAGAAGCCAGUUUGGCCUAUGAGACUGUGGAUAGUCGGUUAUGAUCUUGGCUGCAUUCUUAGUUUGUUGCUUCUCUACGGGCGAUAUUGGCAUCUUUAUUUAAUGCGUGGAGAGCAUGUCGGCCUUCCUGACACCGAGCAGCGGAGGAGCAGUCGAGCAUCAAGGAGCUUACAUCUGAUGAACAAAUGCCGGUCAUCUCUUGAACUUUUCUUUGCAAUAUGGUUCGUAAUGGGUAAUGUUUGGAUUGUCGAUUCUCGCUUCAGUUCUUUCCAAAGAGCUCCCAAGCUUCAUCUGCUAUGCGUCUUCCUGUUAGUUUGGAAUGCCAUCUGCUACUCCUUUCCAUUCAUUCUUUUUCUGCUGCUAUGUUGCUGUGUGCCAUUGGUUAGUAGCCUUCUAGGAUAUAAUAUUAACAUGGCGUCAACUGACAAAGGAGCAUCGGAUGAUCAAAUAUCCCAGCUACCGUGCUGGAGAUAUAACACGGUCUCAAUGGAAGCUGAUAGUAAUAAAGGACUUCGAAAAGAGGAUCCAGAAUGUUGCAUUUGCCUUGUCAAGUACAAAGAUGAAGAAGAAGUAAGACAGUUACCUUGUUCCCAUUUGUUCCAUCUCAAGUGUGUGGAUAAGUGGCUUUCAAUUACAUCUUCCUGCCCUCUCUGUAAACAGCAACUUCAGAGAUAGAUAGAUAGAAAAAAAAAAAAAAAAAAAAA